ACAAAUCCAAGUAGUAUUUAAUAUUUUAUGGCCUAUUUGUCAGUAUUGCGUUUUUUGAUUUACGUUUUCAGCACUUUUACAAACAAGAAUAUUGGAAAUGUUGAAAUAUACGGGAAGAAGAUAUGAUAAUAAAUGUAGAAGAAAUUAUUACUACUCUGACAAAAAAACAAUACGCAUUUCUCGUCGCACGUAUUUACAUUUCAUACAAUACGACACGUAAUUAUGUUUCCUUCUGUGUAAUUUUCCUUGUACGUGGCUACGUCACUAGGAAGGAAGAUGAAUCAGGAUUAAACUGCAACUAAACUAAAAAUCUCGGAAUGGUCGAUAUACUGAUUCCACGUAACUGCGUCAGCCAGGGGAUUACGCGUGAAAUUCCCUGAAGCCUUGAUAGAAAUUAGCCGAUUUUUGCCGGUACGUCGAUCGCACAGGAAUAUGUCGCUCAUCGCAAUCGCGAUCGCAUGCAUAAGAUAUAUAAUUUAUUCGCCUUCUCUUUCAUUUCCGUGGAAGGUCGCGCUUAAUGCAAAAAAAGCUAACGUAGCGUGGUGCUCCAUUUAUUGUACAGUAUAAUCACGAUAUUUUUUCUUGGUCUUUAAAUGGAACCGCGAAAUCCUAAAUCGAACGAAGAUAAAAAUUGCGACCUUCGAAUGAAGAAAUCGAUUAUUCAGGCGCACAAUGUUGUUCUACUUUUAUUUAAAUACUAAUGUAUUUGAAUCCUUAGAUGAAAAUCGAUUUGCUUCACAAUUGAAAAAAUGCAUAGUUAUAAUUUCGAAAUUUGCAUUUUGUUGUUAUCAUAUUCUUUAAUUAAUUUAUAACAUAAUAUUGUAUUAGGGCAAUAAAUGUACUUGUGUGGUUUAAAGAUAGAAAAGUGAAGUAAAUAAAUGAAAAAAAUAUACUUUUGGAGAUAGGAUACGAUAUUUUCUACGUACAGGCAGCAGGUCGAUAUUGUACGUGUAUAUUAUAAUAUGUGAUAUUUAUAAAUAGUUAUAAAUUAAUCUAUGUAUAUUAACGGCAAUUUAUUAUCUCAAGCGGCCAUGAAUAUAAAUGCCUGCCGUACGACACGAAUGAUCGAAUUGCAAAGUAGAAUUCUCUGUAAAAAACGCGUUAUUAACUGAACUUAUCGUUUAAUAUUUUGAUAAUUGACCAGUCAUUUAAUAACAUAAUAUUUCGAAAUUUCCUGUUACUUCCACAAAUACGUUAAAUGUGCGACGUAGAAGUGAACUACAAUUGUUAUCGUAUCAUGCACUUAUUGUGCCGUUCUAAUCACGGAUCUUUAACACGAUGGAAAAUUUAACGGACGAUCGAUUUUAAUAUCGUGAGAUAACAAUUAAGCCUCGCUUUUAAUGCGCGACUAUAUUAACAUUAUCGCAGCGUGCAAAACGUCACGGCGGUUUUAGUCAUGAGUCGAGUGCACUGACAAUUAGCGGGUGGUAUUACUCGCUGAUCGUUACCGGAAAAAGCACUUGCAAGAAAUCCUUCCCAGGCUGAGAUAUAUAAACUCCUUUACCCGAAAGCGUGGUUCAGUGUCGCGCGUUCCAUCGGUUAAGGACGUACGAUCUUGUCACUUGUCUGGUGGUUUUCCUGCGUGUCCACGUGCCACAAAUUUGCAUAUCUACGAAAAAGAACGUGGGUCUAUUGCACAAUGCUGUCGACGAAAAUGCUGAAGAAAAUGACGAACGGUGUUCAUUGCUGUAAUCUACAAAACGGUGAUGGCCACGAGAAAUGCAUGUUCCACCACGAUCUCGAGCUGGACCACCAGCCACCCACGCGGGAGGCCAUGCUGCCGGAGAUGUCCCGCAGUUACAAGCUGCUGUUGAGUUCCCUGGGCGAAGACCCGGAGCGACCGGGGCUGCUGAAGACGCCGGAACGAGCCGCGAAGGCGAUGCUCUUCUUCACAAAAGGAUACGAUCAGAGCCUCGAAGACGUGAUUAACGACGCGGUGUUCGACGAGGAUCACGAUGAAAUGGUGGUGGUGAAGGACAUCGAGAUGUUCUCCAUGUGCGAGCAUCAUCUGGUACCAUUCUACGGCAAGGUGUCGAUUGGCUAUCUCCCCUGCAAGAAGAUAUUGGGUCUCAGCAAGCUCGCCAGGAUCGUGGAAAUCUUCAGCAGGCGUCUUCAGGUGCAAGAAAGACUCACAAAGCAGAUCGCGAUAGCGGUGACGAAAGCCGUGCAGCCCGCGGGAGUCGCAGUCGUGGUCGAAGGAGUGCAUAUGUGCAUGGUGAUGAGGGGUGUCCAGAAGAUCAACAGCAAGACAGUGACUUCGACGAUGCUGGGCGUGUUUCGGGACGACCCGAAGACCCGCGAGGAGUUUCUGAACCUGGUGCAUAACAAGUAAACGGCCCGAACGUGCUGUGUCGCGGUGCCAUUAUCACUGGCCCGCCAGUACAACGCAAUAAAGGGACCACGCUGAUUUAGACGUAUGGCACCCCGAUCGACCGAUCGUCGUCCCCAACGUUCAUCAUCCGACUGCUACCUCGUUGCAAGGGCUUCGCCCGCAGGACUUCGCCGCGAAUCGCCGUUUCUUGCCAUCGUCGUCGCCGUCCUCACGGAAAUUACCCGCACAUUCCGUUCGUUUCCUAAGUAAUGUCCCGUGCGUGACUUUGGCAAUCGUUUCUCUCUCUCUCUCUCUCUCUCUGAAGUAAGCACCGCGGGGAAGUCCAGGGCAAUCACUAUCCGGGACCAAGAUAACGGGUAGUGACCGCGCGCCUAACACGCGCGUUUAUUCCGCGCCGAUUACAGCGCGCUUAAACUGCUGAUCGUGUGACACUGACAAUAGCGAUGGCACGAUAAUCAUCUGCGAGGACACUCGCGAGUUCCGCACACGCUCGUGGAACUCGCGAUCGGUUUGUCGCAGCGAGAGAGCUUACGAGCGACGAGCGCGUUUUCGGCGCGAAGGAACUUGGAGUAGAGAACGGUUCGGUCGGAGGACGAGGCAUCGAUCCUGCGCGAUGAAAAAGAUGUUGUAAAUGUGAAAUUGCUGCUGGACCAGCUAUAAUAAGGAAGAACUUGCCGUUCGCUGUUCCUUCGGCCGAGUAACUCUGUCGCUCACGGUGCGGCGUUUUAGAAGAAUUUUCACUGAGGAUCUCCACAGCUGACACAAACGGCUCACGCAUCGAGGAAUCGACGCGCUUCUCGUGACAAUAAAUUUCACAUCCUGUAUAUCGUAUCACUAGUGAAUCUUCUCAAAGGUGCCGUGCUGGAUUCCUUCCGCUCGUUUGUGUCAAUUGUGCACGCGAUCCUUCAGAGCUCAGUUUCACUGCGUUGAUAUGCGUUUUAUGAUUUUAUCGGCGUUUUAUCGCGCGCGCGUCUUUUACAAGCUGCGAAACUCGACAGCCACGAGUUUCGCAUCGCAUUGUCCAUUUAUCAUUUAUAGUGACUUAUUUCUCAGUCUGCAGAGUUCUGUUCGGUAACAGAUGCAUUUGGUCAUCAAUCGGAAUAUUCCAUCGAAAAUUGUAAAAUAUUAUGAAAAUUGAUCAACACUUAAAAUUAAAAAUCGUACGGUUUUUUUUCAAUUGUGAAAAUUCUUACAUUAAAUAUCUCGACAACUAAAUUAUAUAAUUAUAUAAUUAUAGUCCGUCUAAAAAGCAGUGGAUAGAAUUAACUAUUUGCAAUCAGAAUUCAAAACUGAUUCUGAAAAAUAUAUUUCUCUCUUUAAUUGAUCAUAGUUUGUCAUCGAUUGCAUUUGUUACCGAAAGUAUUGUUUAUCUUCUUUCAGCGUAAAUAAUUUUAUAUUUUGCAUUGGACGUAAUUGUAAGAGGAUUCGUAUAGAAAUGUCACAGAAUGCGCAUUGCUCCAGCCAUGCACUGUGCAUCGUGUGACGAAAAUUAUUGUUUCCAAAGUGUACACCGCAUUUGCCUACCCAUUCAUCGAGACAUUACCCAAGGAAAGUCAAGUUAGCUAUCCUCAAGGGCGUUCUCGAUCAUCACUAGUUGCAUAUCACGAACGUUGAUUCACAUUGCGUGUUCUGCGUUAAUUUCGCAAGUGGAAACGUUAUUAUUGCGAAUUUAAUGUGUUCAUUUAUCGUAUUAAGCGCAGUUAAAUGCACGCGCAUGUGUGACGGUGGAUUAGGAAUAAUUUAUCACGUUAUUUCAUUUGGGAAUAUUUACAACAAAUUUACAUUCUAUGAGUUUCAUCAUGUAUGAAACUUUUAUCAAUUGCAUUUCAUGAUUAAAACAAAAUACGUUAUCUGUCGUUGUACUCUACUUUGGCGUGUUCAUCUCGAUCCUAUCGCAAGGACAAGGACUAUCGCAUUAUUGAAUACAUCGUUACGUUUUAAUGAUAUAAUUAUAAGAUAUCAGUCAGUUUAUAUUACUCUAUUAUGUACGUAUCGAUUUCAGUUGGAAUAUGUGAUUCGAAACUUCCUGCCUCAACAGACUGAAGCGCGAUGUGCCGGCUUCAGUAUGUUCUUCGAUUAUACUUUCUGACGCGAAAAGAUGGAGAUAAAUGUUCAAGUUAUACUUAUGAAAGUAAAUGUUCAAUAUUUGUAAUAUUUUCUGAUGAUAUUACAUAAAGUUAUAUUUAUAUUUUCA